AUGUCACGGGGGAGAUCUGAUUCGGGAGGGUGGUUGAGGGGGUGUUUGGUGGUGUUCGCGGUCGUCUCAGCGUUGGGUGUAUGUGGGCCUGCGCUCUACUGGCGAUUCAAGAACGCCAUCUCUCUCCGCAAUUCACACAACAAACUCUCUUGCCCUCCCUGCCUCUGUAACUGCCCUCCCCCCCUCUCUCUCUUCCAACUCGCUCCUGGAUUGGCCAAUCUCACCGUCUCAGAUUGUGGAAGUAAUGACCCGGAUCUAAAGGAGGAGAUGGAGAAGCAGUUUGUGGACCUCCUAAGCGAGGAGUUGAAGCUGCAAGAGUCUGUUACUGAAGCACAUACACGACACAUGAACAUAACUUUGGGUGAAGCAAAAAGAGUGGCAUCUCAGUACCAGAGAGAGGCCGACAAAUGUAUUGCUGCAACUGAAACAUGUGAACAGGCAAGAGAACGAGCUGAGGCCAUACUCAUCAAGGAGAGAAAGAUAACUACAGUGUGGGAGCGACGAGCUCGUCAAAUGGGUUGGGAAGGAGAAUAA